AAAUUGGAUCACCCUUUAUAUUUUUCAAAAUUCAUGGCAAACUGAAUAUGCUCUGUUCAGGGUAUAAAAAGCGGAAAUUUAUAAAGUCUUUCUUCAGUCGAUAGCUUCUUCUGUCGUUGCAGAAAAAAGUUACCCAAGGUAUGAUAAAUUUUAAAAUCUAAUUAUUACGUACUCAUAUUUUCCACAACACUAAAAAGUAAAUUUUAUAAAAAGUAAACAAUUACUUUCCCUUCAUAUUCUCAUUCAUAUUCUUUUUGAACCGAGUAGACAAAAUUCUAACAAAAAUAUUAAAAAUUCUAACAAAAAUAUUAAAAUUUGUUAAGCUUUAAUAUUUUCAAAAUACUUAUGGAACUGAUUGGAUUGGUUUACAGAUUCGAUUGGGGGAAAAUAGGUAAUGACUCCUUAGUGGCACAAUUGGCAGCACUUAACAACCCGGGAUUUAAGCUCCAAGAUAAUUUGCCUUACGCCCAACUAUGUAUAGGCUCCUACCCAGGCGAUAUUGCGAUCUACAAAGAAAAUGGCGAAGCAUUAUCAACAGAGUUGCCAUUUAUGCUUAAAGUGUUGAGUAUGAACAAGGCGAUUAGCUUACACGUUCAUCCGAACAAAAUUGAUGCGGAAUACUUGCAUUUAAGAGAGCCAAAAUUCUAUAAGGAUUCCUGGCAUAAACCUGAAAUGGCAAUUGCUCUAACACCCUUUGUAGCUGUAUGUGGUUUCCGGCCACUGUCUGAAAUCAAGAAUAUGUUAAUGGAUAUAUAUCCACUACAAAAAUUUGUUAUGGCCGAUUCUGAUGACAUGGACCUUUUGGCUGCGGGCGAUGAACAGGGUUUGCGAAAUUGCUAUGAAAGAAUAUUUGAUAGAGACUUAGAAGCUGUAACUCAAUGCGUGGAAGAAAUAUCCAAAGAAUUUGGCAAAGAAAUGUGUAAAUACGAUGUGCUGGAAAUAUUCAAUGUGCUCAAAAGGGACUUUCCCAGGGAUAUUGGUGUGAUUUUAAUAUUCUUUUUGAAUGUUAUACGUCUGGAACCGGGUCAAGCGAUGUUCGCCGAUGCAGGCCAAAUUCAUAGUUAUCUAGCUGGCGAUUGUAUCGAGUGCAUGACACCUUCUGACAAUGCAAUCCGUGCCGGUUUAACAAUGAAAUAUAGAGAUACCAAACAUUUAUCCAACAUACUGAACUACAAAAGUUCCACUGCCGAGGACAUAAUUGUCAAACCCGAACGCAUUAAUGAUCAACAGGUGAUAUUCAAGCCACCUAUUGAAGAUUUUGCAGUAACGCAAAUAACAUUGAGACCCGAAGAUGAUGUUUAUGUUUUACAAACUGAACAAUCUCCUGGUAUAAUGCUGGUUUUAAGUGGUCAACGCACUCUCGAAGUCAACGGUGUAAAGCAAACGCAAUUAAAACGUGGAUCUAUCCUGUUUCUGCCCUUCGAAGUGGGCACUGAGCUGAGGUUUUUAGUCAGUGGAGCGGAAAAAGAACCUUUUGUGGCUUACAUCAGCACUGUAAAUACCCCACCAAACCUGACAACGGAUACAUAAUCGAAAUUUCACAAAGUCCAUGUAGUAAGAAAAUGUAAGGUUGACUUUAAGUCAAGUCAAUACAAGAAUUGCAAAAAAUAUAUUAAAUUAAAAAUAGUUUAUUGGAUUAUAACUUAUAACUGGAUGAAAGCUUUUCACCAGCCUAGCUACAUUAAGUAACAUUAUUGUUGAGUGUUGUAGGGAGUCUAACGUUCAUAUUUAAGCAUUUACUUGGCACAAAGCAUUCCGUGAAAGUCGUGAAGUCAUCGAAGACUUGCUUCUUAUGUGUCAGCUUACCCCCGCUGUUAAUGACGAUAAUAUGGGAAAAGUUAAAGGAACAGUGCGUGAAAUCAUCGUAUUGAGAUCAGCGAAGUUUCAGAAGAUCUCAAGAAUUGUUAUGGAUCGACUCUACACAUUUUGGUUAAUGUAUUAGGUAUGCUUGCUAUAGCCAUACCGAAAUACCACUUCAGAUUUUUUGCAAUAAUCUAGUAGAGGUCGAAAAGUAUCGGUAUCGGAAAAAGGUACAUCAUUAGCUUGGGUUUGUAAAUAUGACGUCAAAACUGUUCAACAAUCUAGCAAAUGACCCGAAAAUGUAAAUACCACGUCAAAGUUUUGCUUGAUCACCGUGAUGAGGUUCAAUCCCGUGAAGUAAAUUGUCUUAAACGACCGAAAUGGUGUGCAUUCUAGCAUAUUUGACUGACUUUGUGGCAAAAAACGAACGGAGGGUCAACGCUUAGCCGCCAUUUUCGUCAGAUUUGGAUCCCUGUGACUCCUUCCUGUUUUCGA